CUUCAAAGCAACCCUCGACCGCGAAAAGAAGCCAGGUACGUCAGAGUGGCGUUGACGCUUCUCGAUAGGAGGCUCACACCUGCAGAUUUGUCGGGGCGUCCCAGUGGUAUAGUAAAGCCAGAGAAAAAUCUCCAAGUGAACGUCGGGGACCGUCUCAGUGGUUCUCAAGGACCUCGAGGCAUCGUCCACGACAGCAACAUGAAUACGACGUACAGUACAUCAGGCAGCCUACCGACGGUUAAGAUCGAAGCCCAAAGCUUGCUACCUGCCGACCAGACUAAGUCUUCUCGAGUCGUAAAACGAAAGGAACGGACACCAGCGGCUUCAUCGAGCCAAUUGAUGCCAUCGAAGAUUCAGAAGAAACCACGUCCCCAGCCCCCCAGCGAAACGUUGACACAGAAGCUGGGAAGUCAGAUUAGGUAUAGGCCAUUUCCGGUCCGAUUAGUUGAUGACACUAACGGAGUAUAG